UCUCUCUCUCUCUCUUCAUCAGACAGACACAGAGCACCAUGAGACGAGCAGCUCUGAACAUCAUCAUCCUCUCUCUUCUUAUUUUCUGCAGAUCUUGUCAAUGCCGCAAGCUUCUGGUUUUUCUCAUCGAUGGAUUCAGAUAUGAUUACAUAGACGACUUACAAAACCUGGGUGGAUUCAGAGAGAUCGUGGAAAAUGGUGUUAAAGUGGAUUACAUGACUCCAGAUUUCCCCAGUCUGUCCUAUCCAAACUAUUAUUCUCUUAUGACAGGACGCUUCUGUGAAGUGCACCAAAUGACUGGGAAUUACAUGUGGGAUGAAGAAUCCAAUAAGGAAUUUCUGAUCGGGACGAAUCCGGACAGCCGGCUGUCCCUGUGGUGGGAUAACUCGGAGCCGCUUUGGGUGACCAUGCAGAAACUAGGAAAAAAAGUCUACAUGUACUUCUGGCCCGGUUGUGAAGUGUCCAUUCAUGAAGUGAGACCUACGUUCUGUGAGGAAUAUGUCUAUAACCCGUCAGAGAAGAAUCUCACAGACUCGAUGGAGAACGCUCUGAAUAUGUUAAAGAACAAUAAAGCAGACAUGGCAGCGAUUUAUUAUGAGAAGAUCGAUGUUGAAGGACAUCACUACGGUCCUCAUUCUCCACAAAUUCAGAGCGCCGUACGUUCACUGGACCAGGCCUUACAAACACUCAACCAAAAAAUCAAGGAAAAGAAUAUGAGAAAUGAUAUAAACGUGGUCAUGUUUUCUGACCACGGUAUGACCCAGCUGAAGUGGAUGGAGAAAGUUAUCGAGCUGGACAAAUACAUUGAUAUGUCAAACAUCAUUAAAAUGAUGGACAGAGGACCGGUGGUGAACCUGUGGCCCAAACAAGACAAGUUUGAGGAGAUAUAUCGAAACCUGAGCACAGUGGGCAACAUGAAGGUUUAUAAGAAGCAAGAGAUUCCAGACAGAUAUCACUAUAAAAACGGGAGAUUUGUCUCUACGCUUACGCUUGUGGCAGAGCCCGGAUGGUUUAUCACAGAGAAUAAAGACAAACUGCCCUUCUGGAAAAAUGGCACGGAAGGAUGGCAACACGGCUGGCACGGUUACGAUAAUGAGUUCAUAGACAUGAGGGGAUUUUUUCUGGCACAGGGACCAGACUUCAAGACGAAUUUCCGUGCUGGCCCCAUUCGAUCAGUAGAUGUGUAUAAUAUUUUAUGCAGGACACUUGGCAUCGACCCUCUGCCCAACAACGGCUCCUGGCCCAGGGUGGAGUUUAUGUUAAAGAGCUCAACAGGUGUCAAAUCAUUGGCUCUAAUGUACAGCUGGCUUCUGCCAUUACUGCUGUUUACACAGUCUCACAUGCUGUAGUAUAUUCACAGGUGCUCAGAGGACUCACAUUCACAUAGAAAUGAGAAGAAUAUCUCAACCAUACUAUAUUUUUUGGCUUUAAUGUUAAAUACUUUAAAUGAAAAGACACUUUUUAGUCUGCCUUUUGCAUCUUUCUAUUUCUAUUUUGACUUCUCAAUGUCACUUGAUGCUAAAGAAAUAGAUGAACCAACUUGCACAUUUGCAAUAUACUGAAGAAUUUAUAUUUUAGAAACAUUAUAAGGACUUUAAUGGUAUCAUAUUCUUGCAUUUUAUAUUUUUAUUAAUCUGUGUCUAUUAUUGUGUGAAUAAGUGCUGUAUGCAGUUUUUCUGUAUAGAACACAGUGAAAAGACUUUUAUUUAUAAUUAGGCCUAGUAUAAAAUGUAAUAGUUCCUCUAUUGCCACCUUCCUCUCAUGCUCUGUAAAGUUUUAAAUGUUUAGUAAAGCAUUACAUGUGCUUUAUUUUCUACUCAUAAAAGCGCACGCUUUUCUUUUAGUACAAAUUUUAUUACACAAUAAAGAGUUUUUUCUCAAAAAUA